AUGAAACUUAAUGCCGAUAAUUUGACUUCAUCCCAUUCUCAUCACAUAACAGCAGCAACAAGAAAGGUGAUGGUAAAAUAUGAAAACAAGAAGAAGUUAAGUGAAUCUGGUUUUCCGUUUCUCAACACACUUGAAUUGAGCCCGAAAGAACACAUCGAUGAUAGAUUUUGUCAGAACGAUAAAUUAAUUAAUUCUUUAUGUUAUUUUUGGGAGUAUUUAACACUUGGUGGUCAUGGUAGCUUCCCAGAAAUUCACAACUUUAUAGUCGAGGUUGAGCUUUUCUCAAAUGAGAAUGAAAUGAUCAAUUUGACUGUCAAGAUUUAUGUUGAAAUUUCAAAAUGCCUGCGAGGUGUAACAAGAAGUCGUAUUCAAAUGUUUAGACUAAAGCAGGGGAUAAAGUAA